AUGGGCUGCGGCGAGAGCAGACCGGACGAGCUGGAAGAGGAGCAGAGAGAGCAAUACGCGCAGGAGAGGCAGCUGACGUCGGAGAAGCAGCCGGUCGGCAAGCUCGAUCUUGACGACAGGAUAGCGACAGACGAUGCCGAGGACGAGGAGAAGGGCUAUGCUGCCGGUACGUCAGCUGCGCUUACCGCCGCCGACCACAAGGGCAUCCCGCUGCUGGCGGCCCUCGACGAGGCGCUCGUCGCCGCCCUCCGCUCGGGCGCCAUCAAGCUGCUCCGCACCGAGUUCCUGCGCGCCGACGGCUCCGAGGCGGUGCUGCCUAAACUCCUCCGCCGGCAAGAGCUGGAGCGAAUGGAGAAGGAGCGACGCAUCCGCAUCUUCCUCACGCCGAAGGAGGCUGUUGCGGCGCUGCGCUCGCUGAGCCGCGAAGUCGCCGGGCUGACGUACGGCUGGGCCUCGCCGGACCACCCCGACGUGACUGGAGAGUAUCUGGCGAACGUGCGGCGCUUCCUGCGCCACCCGCUCGGCGAGCACGUGACGGGCCUCUUCUGGGACUUCUCUUCGCUCCCGCAAAAGCCAAGGACGGCGGCCGAGGACGAGUUCUUCUAUCAAGCGCUCAAGGUCAUGGGCGACGUCUACGCCUCUCUCUUCGGCACGAUCGUCAUCCGCCACCGCUCCGUGCCAGCCCGCCCGGCGGAGCUGGACGGCGAGGUGGUCAUCCUCGUCGAGAAGGGCGGCGGGCUCGACGGCGCCGGCGCCGAGGCAGAGCUGCGCAGUGCUCUCGGGGCGUUUGAGAACGCGCGCUUCGAGGAGGGCCGGUGGCGCGUGCGCUUCCCAACGCACGCGGCGGCGGAGGAGGCGGUCGAGGCAGCCUCUUCAGCAGAGGGUGCGCUGCCGGGCGCGAUCGCCGUCUUCCUCUUCUACAACGGCCGCCCUUACCUCGAUCGCGGGAAACAGUGCGGGGCCCACGACUAUGGGAAGACAGCAUGA